ACUCAUGCAUAAUUUGCUUGGAGAUGAGGUCUGUAUGAGUAUUUUUUUUCUUUUUUUUUUCCCCUGUAGGCUCUAAAUCUCUGAAAGUCUUGGGGUUUUUUGUUGUUUUUUUUUUCCCCCUGAGGGAAGCACAGGGAGUUGGAUACUCUUGAUGGUCAUUCUGUUUUACUUGCAUCUUGAUAUUGGAGUCCUUGCCAGGUAGUACAACUGUUAAAAUCCCGACACAAACUCUUCUUGCCCCUUUUUCUUGGGGCUUUGUGUCAGUGCCUAUAGAUUCAAAGGACUGAAACACCACAGAUGCUCACCAACCAUUGCCCAAGUAAGGGAAGAAGGACUAUGACGUAUAAGUCUACUUUAGAACCAAGAAAAAUUUACUUUCUUUGAUCAUCUUUGGAAACAUUUGUCUUUUCCAGUAUGAGUUCUAACUGCAGCGUUAGCGUAAAAUGUAUUGUCUUGUCUAAAGUACUUUUAUUCAUCUCAUUUGUGUGCUGAUUCAUCUUGGAUAGCAUUAAUAAAGUAACAAUAUGAAAAUUCCUUACAUUGACUUUUCAAGGCAAACUUGCUUGUGUUUUGUAGCUUAAGUCACUGUUCCAUAUUUUGCUGAAAUUAAGCCUAUCUUAAAACAGGCUUUUUUUCACUUGGAAGAAUCGGAAAAGCUUUUUAUAUGAUUGUAACUUCUUCUUUUCCUGAGCGAUAUAUCUAAGAAAAUUUCCCUUGUGUAUUUUAUUGGGGAUCCUAACUAUUGCUUUAUUGUACAGAACAGGUUUGCUAAGAGUUGGCACCAUUAGUAUCUGUUUGCAUAUCUGAGCUGAGUCUCAGUUAAGAGUUGUUAUUGAAAAUCAGCAGUCAUCCUUAUUAUUUGUUUUUACUGUUUUAAGUAUAUACCAUUAGAGUACUGACUCCAUGAAGAGCUGCUUUAGAAUCCAUAGAAAUACACAGAAGCCUUCCCACAUACUUGAAUGGAUUUUAGAUGUACAGCCUGAGGAAGAGUGAUAGAUGUUCAAUGCAAGGAAUCUUUGAACGCUAAAUUCCAGUCUUACUCUUCCUGGAGCUGUUUCUACUAUUCUGAAUUCUUAAUUUCCAAGCUGAUCUGAUGUUAUAGUGCUGGAGACUAUAAAAUAUGUAGUAACAGAAACUGUUUUUCAAGUUUAUGCAUUUGAAUCUCAAAUUCAGAAGGGAAAUCUGAUUUUCAAGCCUAUUCCAAUAUAUAUCUUACAGUACACUGCUUAUUACCGAGCCUUACAUACAUUCUCACAAAAGAAAUGUCAAAACCUAUUUGAAAUUUUCUGGAUUGGUCCCCUUAUGCUGAGGCAUGGUACUUUGUAUUCCAAAUGAGAUUUGGAACUAAAGAUCAUCUCAGAACUUGUGGCCAUAGGGUGCAGUUAAGAAAAGCGUUCACAUUUGAGUUGUUUGAGUUGUUAGUGUGAAAGUUGUAUCACUUUUCUCUCUUUUGUCUUAAUGCAUCUAUCUAAUUUUAAGUUGUGAACCAUUUCAACUUGGUUAGCUUGGUUUAAUUGAAAGAGUUACGAUAUUUAGUCUGCAUUUUUGAAAGAGUUAUUUGCUAUUAUUAAAUUAGUUGGGUAAUUACAGCACAUUAGACUGUAGUUCUGAAAGAACUAUUGUUUAACCCCACUAGCUAGAUUCAUCUAUUUUGUACUGCAGGCGGACUAACCAGUAACUUCUGUGACUUCUUUCAGUAGCGGUACUUUGAAACUGAGUAUCUUAAUAGUUUUCCCUUUCAGCUUAAAUUAAUGAUUAGUCUCCUUCUUUAGCAAAGCUACUGCAAAUAAAUACAUGAAAAAAACAUAAGCACUGGCAAAUUACAGAUUUGCCUAAAAACCAGCCAUUUUCAUUUUUCUUUUUAGCAUUGAGGAUUUAAUGUGGAGCAAAAAGAUGAGAGAUCCCCAGGAACUGUUAUAGCAAAGGUGUACGAUGCUGUCAUAUCUAUGGAUGGCUAUUAAUAUGACACUUAAAUUCCCAUGAUGUAUGUCAGGUGAGUCUGGAAGGUACAUGCUUGUAUAUUGCAACACAUUCAGAACAGUUCUUGACGGAACAGAUAAUUAUUAUGACUUUAAGCAAAGUAUUCAAGGGCUGUGCUCUACUAAAAAAGGCACAUCUCCUGAAUGUGCAACAUAGAUUCUGGCUUUUUCAGGCAUAGGAGACUGGUGCUUCUUGGAUAUGUAGAUAUGUAUCUGUGCUUGUAUGCCCUCUGGACCUGUAGAUAACGACUGUUUGCCAUUACUGCAGUGAAGAAUUAAAUAUGCUGGUCAGUAAACAUUGGGUGGACGGUACUGUAUGAAGAAAAUUCUCAAAAUGCUUUAUUUAAAAAAAGUAUUACUUUUGGCAGUUGUGCUAUUCAAGUGAAUAUAAUGGACUGUGGAACAUGUCUGCACUGUGAUUGCAUCUUGGUGGUAAUUUGGUCAUUGGAAACACUGAAACAUGAACUAGAAUGGAGUUCUUUUACACUCAAAGCAUUUGUUGUUUUCGUUUUUACAAACACUGGUUUAUACAUAAUCUGAAUUGAAUGUGAAUGUUUUUUAAACACCUUUCUGGUUCUUAAUAAGAUACAUUUUUGAUAGAUUACUGCAAAAUUUCCUGUAUUUGUUUAAUUAUUAAAAUAAAAAUUGCAUGGACCCUGACUUAUCUUGUAUUCUAAAGCCAUCAUUUAAUGCUGUUAGAGGCCUAAACAUGGUAGCUAUUUAAUGAGUAAGAUUCUUGUUUUAGUACACAUAAUUUAGUACACAUUAUUUCCCAGAAUAGCUUCUUAAAACUGAUUUCAGUAGAAAUACUUUGUUCUAAAUGCUAUCUUUCAAGUUAAAUAUUUGGUCAAAACCUGUUGCAAAAGCAGCUGCGAAUUAUAUCUAAGGCACUAUAAAAGCUACAUGAGGUUAUAUCCAAGCACUACCUUUCACAGUGAAGUUUAGUGUUACCUAAAAAAAUAUAUAUGGGUUAUUCAGAUAAAAAACUUAGUGAACUGUAUUGUUACUUUGGUUCUGACUUCAUGUAGAUGUGAUAGGAGAAGGUCCUUUACCUUAGCAGUGUUUUUUGUUUUGUUUUGGAGAAGCUGUCACUACAAAGUUAUAUUUGUCCUAGUGGACUGACUACUUUUGAAGAUGUUUCUUUAGGGGAUUACCUUGUCUCUGCAUGGAAGGUUGGUAUGGAAGACUACAAGACGGAUCCAUUCUCACAUACAAUCAAGCACAAGCAGUAGGAGGCCUGCAUGGAAGAGCAGCUCAUAACUCAGACAUAAAAAGGAUGAGUAUAGGAGGUGAAAGCAGAGGCAGAUGAUCCAGGAGGAGAACAGAACUGCUGUCUGAUCUUGCAGGAAUAGGAUUAAGAAAACCAAGGCAAACUGAGCUGAAUAUGGGAAGAAGUGGAAAGGGCAACAAGAAGGGAUUCUCCAGCUGCAAAAGAAAGAUGCACAGCAGAUGAAGGGGGCUGGAGAAUUUGUGACAAAUGAUGUGGAGAUAGCCAUGUUCGUGCCCUAUUUCCCUCUAUUUAUUGUUAAGACUUGUCUUAAAGAAUCCCAUGCAACUGAGACCAGAGGGGUUACCUGGAGCAAGGUGGUGGAGGAGGACCGUGUUCCUGAAGUCUGGACAGGUUGCACAUGUGAAUGCUAAGGGAGCUGGCUGAUGUCAGCGCAAGAUCAUUCUCAGUUGUCUUUGAAUUGUCUUGACAGCUGGAGACAGUUCCUGAAGACUGGAAGACAGCAAAUAUGUCUCAUACCUUCAACAAGAGCAAGAAAGAAUACUUGAGCUGCAGACAAGUCAGCCUCCCCUCGGUCCCUGGAAAGGUGAUUGAGAAAUCAUUCUGGAAAGUGUUCCCAAACACAUGAGGGGCAAGAAGGUGAUUGGAAUAGUUAGCUUGGGCUUCAAAAGGCAAAUAAUUGCCUUCUACAAUGAGCAGCCCCUAGUUCAUCAUAACACGAAAAGAUGUAAUAGAGAAACCAUCAACUGCUACUCAGGUCUUUCUGUCUGUGGAUGAACUGCUGGCAUUAGAAGGAAGCCAACCAGUUACUAUGGACACUCUGCAAUACCCUCUUGACUAAAAUGCCACUGUAGUUUCAUCACUUUGGCAUAAGCACAUACCCAUUUUGUGAGUUUUUUGAUGCCUGGUGCUGCCACUGAACCAUUUGUUCAGGGUGCUUCACUCACUGAGCAUUGGCAUCAGACACUAUGGGGAGGAAGCAGUGACCACUUCCGAACUAUGGCACAAACUAAGGAGCAUGGCAGGGAGUGAAAUCCUCUCAACUGGUCCUGAGUUGUCUCUUGCCCAAAUCACCACUUGCAGACUCUACCAGGCCCCAUGCGCUCCUCAAUCUCUUCUUCCAUGCCUGCUUCCCUGGCCUCCUCAGAGCUGGCUGAGCACAGUCACUGGCAGUGUAUUCUUUGGUUUGGUCUGUGGACUAGGAUACCCAAAAGAGUGACUGGAGAUCAGUUUUUGAGAGGUGCUGUGUAUGCUUUCAUCAUGAAGGUCUGAGGCAUACAGAGAUCAACACUGGCCUCCAGAGAGAUGAUGCAUGCUGAAGAUUACAACUGGGUUUCAUUUUCUUCUUCAUGAAUAGAGCUUCUCCAAGCUGCUUGUAAGGCACCAUGUCCAUAUACCCCUCUCCAGUGGCUUUGCAGAAUCUGAGCAAGAAGGCUGGCUAGUCACCUGAUUAGAAGAUUCAAGAGGUGGAAUGGAGGAUGUCUUCCCAGCAGAACUCUGUAUAGUGGCUUUGGAACCUUUCCAAUUUGGUGCUCUGAAUAAGGUAUGCUGCUCUGCAUUCUUCCCAGAUGAGUCCACUCUUGGUGAUUACCUCUGCCUCCAGUUCUUCUACAAGGGUAGAGUCCAGUAUUGACAGAAGACACAGAUGAAGAACUUGCUCCUGCUCCUGUUCCUGCUAGCAGAGAUGCUGCCUUCUGCAUUUUCAGGCCAUAGGAUGGGGCGGCAGGCUGGUGUUUGGGGAAGCUGGGGUGAAUGGGGCAAGUGCAGUCGGAGCUGUGGUGGUGGAGUCAGUGUUCGGCAACGGCGCUGCUAUUUCCAAAGGACAGAAAGUGCUUCCAGUUGCAUUGGACCAACUCGAAGCUAUCGCUCAUGCAAUAUUCAGAGCUGUAUGGAAAGCUCCAGAGAUUUCCGGGCAGAGCAGUGUGCAGAGUUUGAUGGGACAGAAUUUCAAGGAAAGAAAUACAAGUGGCUUCCGUAUUAUGGAGCACCCAAUAAGUGUGAGUUAAACUGUAUUCCAAAGGGAGAAAACUUCUACUACAGACACAAGGAAACUGUGAUAGAUGGAACUACUUGUGAACCUGGCAAGCGGGAUAUCUGUGUAGAGGGAGUUUGUCAAGCUGUUGGCUGUGAUAACAUACUAGAAUCUACCAAGAAGGAGGACAAGUGCCUGCAGUGCGGAGGAGAUAACAGCACCUGCUAUGAUGUGAAGGGCACUUUUGAUGUGCCCAACCUUCCCAAAGGGUACAAUCAAAUGUUCAUCAUCCCUGUGGGAGCCACCAGCAUCCAAAUCAAGGAGGUUAUGCCAAGCAGGAAUUUUAUGGCUGUCAAGAAUGUGCAAGGGGAUUAUUAUCUGAAUGGACAUUGGACAAUUGACUUCAGCCGAACGCUACAUAUAGCUAGCACAGUUAUGCACUAUGAUCGUGGCUCAGAAAGUGAUCUUGCCCCAGAGCUCCUCCAUGCCAGGGGUCCCACCACAGAGCCCUUAGUCAUUGAGCUCAUCAGUCAGGAGCCAAACCCAGGAGUACAGUACGAAUACUACCUGCCUACACACAGACAGUCUACAGGUUACAGCUGGAGCUACAGUUCCUGGAGUGAGUGCAGCUCUGAGUGUGGAGGAGGCUUCCAGUCCCGUUUGGUGUUUUGUACCAUAGACAAUGAAAUUUAUCCAGACUAUAUGUGCAGUAACAAACCACGACCAGACAAUAACCGGACAUGUGGCCAUCAGACUUGUCCCCAAACAAAACGGAUUUCUUACAUCUCUCCACCACAAGCCUGGAACCACGGUGGAGCAUGGAGCUCUCAGAUGAACAGGUGGAAAACAGGGGAAUGGGGACCCUGCUCAGCUACCUGUGGUGGAGGCACCCAGACUCGCUCUGUUUACUGUGUAGCAUUUGAUGGUCAGAACUCCCAAGGUGUUGUGGACAAUGCUGAGUGUAUGGCCUUUGCACAGCAGCCUCACAGCAGUCAGCCCUGCAACAGGAGACAGUGUGCAACCUGGAGCACAGGGCCCUGGUCAGAGUGCUCAGCCAGCUGUGGGGAAGGUGUGCAGACCCGGACUGUCACCUGCAGAACGCAGCAGGGCUCUCAGGCUCAGGACUUUGCUUGUUUAACGGAGCCAAAGCCACCAGCCACCCAGCCCUGCCUUAAGGAGAACUGCAUCCAAGAAGUUGGCUGGCACGUUGGAGACUGGGGCCUGUGUUCAAAGAGCUGCAGUUCAGGCAUCCGGACACGACAAGUUAUCUGUGCUGAUGGUGACUCCAAAUUCUACAGUGCUGAUAUAUGCAAAGCCAUCCAACCACAGAAGCCAGCCACCCUGGGUAGCUGCAACUUGCAGCCUUGCUACCUGCCACAGCAGGUCCCCAGUAUGCAGGACACUAUGGGAUAUGAUAUCAGUCGACAGUCUUUGCUGACACGUUACAACCCAAAUAGCCCUACCACAGAUUCUGAUGAUGGAAGGUUGCUCCCUGGGAGCUCCACAGUUCACAGCAGCUCUGGGAAUCACCAGAUCAAUUCCACUGAAGACCAUGGCAUCAACUUGUUGCCUGUUCGCUGGGAAUCGCAGUCACGAUCAUCAAAUUAUCAUCAGCUCAGCAUCACUCAGUACCCCACUGCAGGAACUGGAUCUCAGAACUGUCAUCAGACCCCACAUGGCUGCUGUCCAGAUGGGCGCUCUCCAGCUUCAGGCCCUUUGGGGAGAGGUUGUUCCUUCAACACCUGUCACCAAAGCAGGUAUGGAUGCUGUCCUGAUGGAGUAUCAGCUGCCCAAGGUCCAAACAACAUGGGAUGCCCACAGCAUGACAGUGAUGUUCAUAUGAGAAGAAAUCAGCCUGCUGCAGCUGUUCCAACAGCAAGCCAAGCCUUAUCCCAGCAGCACCCCUCUGGCGAGUGCCGCAGUUCAGUGUACGGCUGCUGUUUUGACAGUGUCGCUUCGGCUUCAGGUCCUGAAGGGGAAGGAUGUCUCAAUAGGCCCGACUACCCAUAUCCUGUCAUGUGCCUGCUGCCCAGUGCUCACGGCCCCUGUGCGAACUGGACCACUCGCUGGUACUUUGUGACUGUUGUUGGCAAGUGCAACCGGUUUUGGUAUGGCGGCUGCCAUGGCAAUAAAAACAGCUUCGCCUCAGAGGAAGAAUGCAUGAGAGUGUGUCAUAGCUCUGUGGGGAUUAGUCCCUUGGAGCACCAGCCCUCUUCUGGCACAGGAGCCCUGCAACAGCAGGACACUGGCUCUCGUUUUCAGAUGGGCACUGCUCAGGGUAAGCAGCAGCCCCUGCCAAGAGAGUCUUCAAGUCAUGGCCAAGAAGAAAGAUCCUACGGGGCUUCACACCCCACACAGAACAGACAUGGAGAGAACUACUGGAGAAGGCAGGUGCUACCAGAAGCUUCGCAAAGGUCUGGUGUGAUGGAGAGCCAGCAGUGGGGCACCCAGCAAAGUAGAUUGAAAAGCCUGAGCCAGCUGCACUUGACAGGGGAAACAGCAGUGCCUGGGCCCUCCCAAAAGCAGAGUAGCAGUGGCCAACAGGUGCUGUCACGUGAAGGCAAGCAGUGGCACAAGGCUUCUGGAACAGAUGCUUCUGUGACAGAGAGCUCUGGGCACCGGGUGUCUACAGACUCCUUCCCAGCACAGAAUCUGCACAGAGCUAUUCUGGAGGAAGCCAAGCCCUCUCUUGUGACAGCAGUCAAGGGACAAAACAUUCAACUGGUCUGCAGGACAAGCAUGUCCCCCUUCUCCAGGGUGGAGUGGAUGAAGGAUGGCCGGCCAGUCUCCUCUGACAGGCACACCUACCAGUCUGACAGCUCUUUAGUUAUCAGCCACGUCAAGCUGGAGGAUGCUGGGACUUACACAUGCCUCAAUUCUGAUGGGAGGACAGAGAGACGGCAGCAGAUUCAGUUACAGAUCAUAGAGUACCAGAGUGCUGUUCUGGCAGAGGGUGAGAGAGGUCAGGUCCUUCACAAGGAAAAUCAGCGGCACCGAGAGCUACCCAGAGGCAGGAAGGUUGUACAGGCAGCCGGUUCCUCUGUGCAUCAGCAAUUCACAUAUAGGUUGAGAAUGGACAAGAGCGAGCCCUCGGUAGUGGAGGCCAAAGUCGGGGAGAGAGUCAGACUGCCCUGCACAGUGGAAGCAUCUCCAGCUCUCACCAUUGAGUGGCAGAAAGAUGGGCAGCCCCUCUCCCCUCCCAGACACAGACAGCAGUCAGACGGGGCUCUGGUGAUCAGCCGGGUUAGCUCUGAGGACGCCGGCUUCUUUACCUGCAUCGCCUCGAAUGGACGUGACCGGGACCAGCGCCAGGUCCUGCUCCGACCUCUAGGAGGGUUGAGGAUUACUGGUCUUCUGCCAAGCAUCAAGGUAUCUGAAGGAGAAACUGCUCAACUUCAUUGUACAGUGACUGGCAACAAUGUGAAUAUAAGGUGGUCAAGAAAUGGAGUCCCAGUGAGGGCAGAUGGCCGCCGUAUCCACCUGUCCCAGGAUGGAAGCCUGACCAUAAGCAACGUUCAGCUGGCUGACGAGGGAUCCUACACAUGCAGCGCCUACAGCAGCAGCAACUCUGUCAGUGCCAGCACAGAGGUGAAAGUGUUGAGGAGCACCACUGUGAAUCAUGUUGUGGACCUGAGCAGAGAAUGUGUGGACCAGCCACACCUCGCCAACUGUGGCCUGAUCGUGCAGGCCCAGCUCUGCAGUAACGAGUACUAUGCCAGCUUCUGCUGUGCCAGCUGUUCUCACUACCAACCGCACGCCAGCUCUCCUCAUCGCAGUGGGUGACAGACACCACCAAGGCCGUGUGGAACAGCAGGUGACAAGACAAGAAUUUUGAACUCUGUCCUUCUACUGCAUGAAACUGUUCUGGGAGCUCACGAGGGCGGAUUUAAUGGUGUAGGGUGUAAUUGCUAAAAGGUGGGAGAACCACCAUCCUCAGGUUUAUUGCAAACUUCUUUCCUCUGACUCCUGUAUGCCUUGCAAUAGCUCAUCCAUCUCUCCACGUAAUGGUAGUUGCUGCUUUUCAAAGAAGGAGGUAGCACUGGGAAUACUCUCUCAAAUGACCUCAGAGAGGGAAAGAACCAGAAUGAAAGAUUCUUCAUAUAAGGAAAAGAGAAUAGCUCAAAAAAGCACCAUAGGCUGAAGUGUCUUAAGAUGGGCUCGAGCUGUCUUAACAAAAGGACUAAUGACUGAGGAACAUUUAUAAUGCUAAGGAGCAUGUUGCCUCUAAAUGCAAAGGAAUCUGACCAUGACAAACAGCUUGGUGCUUGUAAAAUUAGCAUUCAGGUGCUGUAAGAUUGCCAGCUCUAGAGAUGCAGCUGUGAUGUCACCUACUGCAGCUAUGUACUGUAGCUAUUUUAUUACAGUGCUCCUAAGUAGAAUUUAUCUUUGGAUCAGUUUGGUUUCCACUUAAAUGUAUUCAGCUCUGGAUUGAAAUGCAGAAAGCAAUGCUCCACAGAAAGCUUUGGAUAAAAUGGAAGAAUAUGUUUAGCCUUUUCUGAGUGGUAGGGAUCAUUAACAUAACAACACUGUGGUAUGUUCUGAGAUGAUGCAGAUUAAGUAUCAGUAUCUGUAGGAAGUAUUAUGAAGUUAGUUUGGUUUUUCCAGAGCCAGAAUCGUGCUGUUGAAUUUAAUGCAAAUGUGGGCUUUUGGUCGCACUGUGCUGGGUAUCAGCUUGGAGAGGAGAGUAAUAUACACACAUAAAUAGGUGUAGGGAUACUUGUCUUGCUAGAAUAAAUUUCCCAAUGAUCUGCUGUGUUGUCAGUAAGCUCCAGAAACACUUGGGUCUGCAUGUGGCCUGGGUGUGUGUGUGUAGGAUGGUAAGUAUAGGAUGGUUUGUUGACCCAGCAAAGGCACAUCUUCAGUAACUCAAAACAGAAUUAGACCUUCCAAGCAAAACCAUUUUUUCUACAGCCUCCAUAUUCUUUCUCCAUAGCACUAGCCCUAGAAGCAGCCUCCUUCUGCACUACCUUCUGAGUCUUGGGUGGGUUACUGGUAUUAAUUAGCACCAUUUAUUGGAUGUAUAAAUGUAGCUAUACUUCUUUGCUGGUACACUGAUGUGUAGUGCUGAUGCUGAUGUUUGCAGGUGGGUAGUAAGGGCUCUUUUUUGUGACAGCUUUUUUUUUUUUUUUAAUGUGUUGUUUUUAGGUUCUUUGUUUGUUUGUUUGUUUCUUUUACUUCUGCUUCUCUAAUUUAAGGCUUCUGUGGAAGGAAGCUAAUUCUGGACUGUGAUCACACCACUCUCCUCUCAUUCAGACCAGAACCAGCACUCAGGGCAGCAGUAAUAUGUGGGUGUAAAUCCCCAGGCUUGGCAGCCUAAAGCUGGUCUGAACUCUAAAUCCAGUAAUCAGUUCAGCUGCAUCUAAAAAUAAGAAUUACCAACCUAAUGAUUGCCCUCUCUUCAGCACAGGUGUGGCUUCAGUACUGCACACCGUGCUUUAAGAUCUGAACAAACUGAACAGUCUAAAAGCAGUCCAGUAAAGGAGCAAGAGGUUACAGACAGUUAAAAAGCUUUUUUCUUUCUUCUUUACAAUAUGGUAUGACUCUGCCUUUUGAGACCAUGGACUGAUGAGAGGCUGUGUAAAUUCCAGUCCUGUGUGGCAGGCACACAGGGCAGCAAGGGGCUGUAAGCCCCCCCAAGAAGGUGGUUCCAAGUGGAUGUUGCCUGUAUCAGAUGCCUUUCUCCCAGAAUGAGCUGUCAUUUCUGUAAUAUCAUCCCUUUCUUUGUUUCAGGGGCCCUGUUUUCUAAUAGUGCAUCAGCUUUCAUUUAGGCUGUAUGAUUAGACACAGCGUGGUCAGGGAGCUCUGUCUCCAACUUGGUGAGAGCUGUAGUGGGCACCUGUGUUCUGACAGACUGGACUUUAACACUGAAGGAACGUUCUUAAUUUUUUUCUCUCAUUUAUUAUCUGACCUCCUUUCAGAUGUGUAACCAUGGUAAUAAGAAGGGGAUCUGAAGGCAGUUUGUUGCUUUAAAUACACGCUAUGGCUAACAGUUAGUUAACGGAAGCAGUGUGCUUGUAUUUUCCUAUUUGGGAAGCAGAGAAUUUUCUUCUGUGUAGUAUCACUUAACCUCCUUAUCAAAUGUUUAUAUUAUUUGAGAAUCAAGAUAGUGGUUUUCUUCUCUAAACAAAGGACCAUAGGAAGGUCAUCUCUAUCCCCUUUACCCGUAUCUUUCAGGCAGAGGAAGGGUGUAGCUAUUUUCAUCUGAUCUCUGGGCACAGGCUCUGACAGACUGAGGAACUAGUAGGAGAAAGGAGAAAAAAAAAAAACCACAAAAAUGACAAACCCAACCAACGUUAGAUCUCUCAUGACUAACUAUUAUUUGCUAGCUUUCUGAAAGUCAACUAAGCACAGGUACCAACUCCAAUAUCAUAGAGUAUGCUGGGGAUUACUGUUGGUGUUGUACUCCACACAGGUAUGCUUAAGGUAAGAAAAAACCAGUAAAGAAAAAAGCCCCCUCUGUACUUGCCUGGAAAUGGAAACUGCUGGCAAGCUCAAAUGCAAGGGCCAAUGCAAGGCAGCAUUUCUCUCCUUUCAGGUUACAAAGUCUGACUUGGUAUUUUUCAAUAUAUCUAACACUACUUCAUGCACGUAAGCACGCAGUAAAAACCAACCACACUGAUAGAAUGGGUAUCAGCUUCCUAGGAGAACAGAAAGGAGUGAAAAUAUGGUGUCAUCCUGGGCGGCUCUUAGGAUCCUCACUCCUUUUAAUAGUGAAGGAAAAGAAAACCGAAGUGAGUAUUCCUUUCACCUGUUUUUGAAUAUUUGUGUUUUCAUCUUUGUAAAGGUUCAAUGUUAGCAAAUUCAGUGUUGCAAACCCAGAAACCAGUAUUUUCCAUAAAACCCUCCUUUGUAGAGCUUUUAAAAUAGCUAUAGGUCAAAUGGAUAUUUGCAAGUUCAGUCUUAAAGUUCAAGGAAACAUAAUGUGGGGUACAAAAUGAGAAGUAUUAAAAUAUCAUGAGCCAGAAGGGCAAAUCCUGAAAAGCAAAUGGGGAGAGGGGAAAUAAAGCUUUCACAGACGGUGCUUCUACCACCAACAUUUAUUUUUGUUAAAGCAGAUUAUAAAUCAUCAGUACAAAUAUAUAUAACUUACAUUUGCUUGUAAGGCCAAAGUUUAAAAGUAAAGUUAAAAUGAGAUGGAUUUCACAAGUCACCAGAGGCAGAACCUGGACCAGCUGCAGCCUUACCACAAGGUUUCACAAAUCCGUGGAAAAAAUAAAAACAAAAGUUAAAAAAUCUCUAAGAUCUAUUGACAGACAAACAAAAAAUGGGUUCCUAGGCAGCCCCAGGAUGUUAGAUAUGGUUACAGUAAGUUUGUCACAGUAGUGUUAGAACCAAUAGAUUAAGACAAGAAAACUGCAGCAAUACAUGGAAGAAAAAAAAAUGUACUAUAUAUAAUAUGUAGCUUGAUUCCAAUAAAAAAACAGUUAAUUUUCCCCAUGGUUUUCAGACCAUGACAA